AUGUCCGCACUUCGCGCCAAAACUUGCGAGAAAAAACUAAAAGCCGCUGAAUUAAAAAUAUUGAAGAUAUUGAACAAAAUUGAGCAAUUUAAACUGAAUAAUGCUUAUAUAUCUACACUAAAUUUACCAAAUAAAUCAAAACUUUUCAGUGAAAAAUUUAAAAGCUAUUGUAAAUAUUUCGUUGUAUUUUUUGUGAUUACUUUCUUAGCUUUUAUUGUCUCGUGGGUAAUUAAUCAAGUAUAUACAGAGACUUGCAUGCUACAGCUGCCAUCAUCAUCGAAAUCACUAUUCCGACCCCCAGAAGACUGUAGCAUGUGCAUUGAAGUCACCAAUGUUACUAGACUGACGGGUGUUUCGCCGGAAGACUUCGAAGACCACUACGCGUACUCCACAAAACCUGUUAUCGUCACUGAUGCUACUGAAAAUUGGCGGGCAAUGGAGGAAUUCAGUUUCCACUUCUUCGCCGAUUUCUAUCUCAACGAGAAAAGAGGGAAGAAAACCAACGACUGCUUUUUCUUCGCUUACAAAUCUGGUUUAAAUUCCUUACACGAAGUAUUUACCAUGGACGAAAAGCGCGCUAAUUUAUCCGGCGAUCCGUGGUAUGUUGGAUGGAGCACUUGUUAUGACGAAGAGACGAGAAAAUUAAGGGCUUAUUACAGUAGACCCUACUUCUUGCCGAGGACAGCAGAAAGUGAUAUGGUAGAUUGGAUAUUUAUGGGUGGGCCAGGACAGGGCGCACAUAUGCAUGUGGAUUCCGUACGGCAUAUGUCGUGGCAGGCGCAGAUCCGUGGCCGCAAGGAGUGGCAACUCGCGCCUCCGCCAGAGUGCAUAUAUUGGUGUGACUGGAUCACAUUUACCGUACAGCCGGGGGAGAUUUUGGUGGUGGACACGAAUCGCUGGUACCAUAAAACGAACGUACUUCCCGGUGAUAUCAGCAUCACCAUUGGAGCUGAAUUCGAUUAA